AUGCCUUGCCAAUCGCCACUCCCUCGUCAAAGGCAGCAAGCAGCCCCUCUGCUCAACGGGCAGGCAACAGAGGUGGGGCACGACAGGUUUCCCAACAUCCACCACCGAAAGCUCGGGUUCAAAGCAACAGCCACUUUCACUCACUCUGAUCAUUUAGGACCCCAAUAUUCUAUUCAAGGGCCGCUACCUGACUUUGGACGAUUCCGAGCAUCAUACAAGCUCGACUAUCAUUGCUGCACCAUGAGCGGUGCUUCUUGCUUCUGCGCCAUCUGUGGGGGCCCGUUUGGGGACAUUGUCUUCAGCCCACCCCAUCCAGAUGACCAGCCCGGGUCAGAUGACGAGAAUGAUGACUGGAACGGAUCAACAACCCAGUCAGACGUUGCUUGGAGCGGCCCCGAGGAUGACUCUGACGACGACGACGACCAAUCCCAAAAUCAAGAUUCGAUUGAUACCGACGGCAACUCACACACGAGUGAGCAUGCGGCCAUUGAGGUCUCUGACGAUAUGGAGGAGGACGAGGCCACCCACCCCGAAGAUCAGGAGGAUUUUUCCGAGUCUGGUGAAAGCAAUCAGGAAGAAGCCGAGAUUGGUUUCGACGAUAUGGCCCCAAGUGAGGGCUCGAUCCAGAGUGAAGAUGAGGAAGCGCUUGAGUUUAACGAGUUUCGUUUUGAUGAUAUUCACUGGUCCGAAGUGCCAGGAACCGGAUACGAUCGAAAGAUCUUGAGGCCUCGCCAUGCUCACUGGAUCAUGACUGUAUAUGCCCUAGGUUGCAACGUGGAGGCACCGGGCCCAUCCAAAUGCUAUUUAUCUGGCCGGGGCGUGGCCGAUUGGCACCUGGGCACGGUAACGUUCACACCAGGACCAAUCCGUCUUCGUGACCUCAACUAUCCGCGUACCCGGGGCCGCCGUCGAUCUCGUCUAGAUGUUGUCACCUACAUUGACUCUACGUUUAGAGACUCGAUAAAUUGGGUGUAUCCAGUACACAUGCCCUGUCUCAAAACUCUUUGCCAGGUCCUGACCGGCCAACCUGACCCCUACGGAAGUUCAAAGCUGGACAAGGAUGCAUUAUUCUUUGCCAUGAACAAGUUGUCCGACUGGGCAGGGGGAGCGCUGAAUAUCACAUAUUUUAAAGACCGGCCACUGAUUCCAGAGUACUGGGAAUCUCUACCGGGAAACGAGUACAUCCACGCCAAUCCUUUCUCCACGGACUGUCCCCAUCGCGAUCAGGUUUUGGCUCUUGUUUCAAACGCCAUCAAGACCUCCCAAGACAGCAAGUAUCUCUUGGACGACCUCACCGACAAGGUAAAAUCCGACCGCUUCAACAUCCUACCUUACGAUUUGAUCCACAUAAUUUCAUGCUUGCUGCCUGACCGGGAUUUGUUCUCGCUUUGUUGUGCGUCUUACAUCGUCCACAAGAACCUUGAGGAGAAUGAGAACUUUUGGCGUUAUCGUCUGGCGAAGAUAUCGAUGCCUUGGUUUGAUGAGGCAUUGGAAGUCUUGUCGUCCCCUGGCAAUGAGGAUGUGUUGCAAGCCAAAUAUUGGAAGGGGCUUCUACGUACCCUGCAGAAGCUGCUUGCCUCUAAGAAAUUGGGCAAGCAAGGCCCACUAAUGGGCGUGUAUAAUCGAAGGAGGAUCUGGGCGUGUUGCCAGCGCAUUGCGAGGGAGUACUUUGAGAAGGUGAGGGAACUGAGAGAAAGGGGGGUUGAGGCGGUGAUUGCGGAUAUUGAGAAGUAGGCCCUUGAAGAUAGCAAACAGACCUUCAAGGUAGCGAAUAGGUAUUAAACAUGUAUUUUAGGCCUUCAGCGAUAGUCAAAAGCUUGAAAAAAAGAAAGAGGAUUUUUCCAUCUUAUUUUACCCCC